UUAUUAUAAUUUGUACCACAGUUCGUACCAGGCCCCUCCGGCCUGCCACCGCCACGAUUGCUGCGGCCGUUAAAAGGAUUCACCUCGCACCAACCUUACCGGACCGAAUGGAAUUAAAAAGCAUCAAGUGAUUAACUUCCUCCGUACGUACUCGAUGAGCAAUUUCGCCGGACAAAGAACAGGAGCCGCACUGAACUGAGAGCACAUCAUCUGCGACAACACAAACGGGGGCAGCCUGGGCGACAAGCCAAGAGUAGAGAUGUCGACCCUGCGGUACUACUACGACCUUAACGAAAGCAUUUCGGUGAACCUGCGGCAGGCGGAAUCGGAAGGGUACGAGUCGGGGCUGGCGACGCUGCUACGACAGGACAGCACGGCGUACGGGUUCGUGCGCCCCGAACCCGACGACAUGACGGUCGGCGAGAACCGGAUACAGAAGUCUAUCCGGUUGCUGUCGGACACGUUCCUACCAUCGUCGGUCUCCACCGUACCGGGGCCGGACGAACCAGAGAUGAACGACUACGUACCGUACGAGCAGCGACCGGAAACGUACAUCGUCCCCGUCGUGUUCGCACUGAUCUUCAUCGUCGGCAUCGUCGGCAAUGGGACGCUGGUGGUGAUCUUUCUGCGACACCGGGCAAUGCGAAACAUUCCCAACACCUACAUAUUUUCGCUGGCACUAGCGGAUCUGCUGGUGAUACUGAUUUGCGUGCCGCUAGCGUCCUUGAUCUACACCCUAGAAUCCUGGCCCUGGGGUGCGACCCUCUGCCGCGUGUCUGAGUUUGCCAAGGAUAUAUCGAUCGGUGUCUCCGUCUUCACACUGACUGCCCUUUCGGCCGACCGGUACUGUGCCAUCGUGAACCCUCUACGCAAGCUGCAGACGCGCCCACUGACUGUGAUUGUGGCGUUCCUCAUCUGGGUGCUGGCCAUCAUCUGUGCGAUACCGUCGGCCGUCAUGUCGGAUGUGGUGUUUGUCGAGGUGACCAUCAACAAAACCAUCGAGUUCUGCUCACCGUUCGGUCCGAAGGCCAAUGAUUCCACCUAUUCCAAGUACAAAACGGUGCUCAACUCGAUCAUCUAUUACGUCCUGCCACUGUCAAUCAUCGGCGUCCUGUACGCGCUGAUGGCACACCGGUUGCACACGAGUGCCCGUGAGAUGCCGGGUGAAAACGCUGGUCCGCAGAGUCGGUCGCAGGCCCGGGCACGGCGCCAUGUCGCCCGCAUGGUGAUCACCUUCGUGGCCGUGUUCAUCGUAUGCUUUCUCCCUUUUCACAUCUACGAGCUGUGGUAUCAUCUGAAUCCGCGCGCCCAUGAUGACUACGAUGACUUCUGGCAUAUUUUCCGCAUCACCGGCUUCUGUCUCAGCUUCCUGAACUCCUGCAUCAACCCGGUAGCCCUGUACUGCGUGUCGGGCGUGUUCCGGCAGCACUUUCAUCGGUAUCUCUGCUGCCGCCCCAUGACGGUGCAACGUCGGAUUGGCCUGUCGUCGGCCGGGAACGCGUGCGAGACGAGUUUCGUCUCGACGAUUCGCCGCUCGCAGAACCACAGCAUCCGAAAGUCCCUGUCGGUGCAAAGCGUCCAGGGGAAGAGGUGAAAGUUUGUGCGCCUGGUCGUGACGGGACCGGGCCGUGGGGAGUCCAAGAGUCACCGGUUGGAGCGGCUCCCGGUAACCAAUGAGCACCUUCCCCUAGCAACGCUCCCGAGGGCGUCCACGCAGGAACGACUGCCAUCACCGGAGCAUACGGACCCGUAAGGUGAUCACGAGCGGAGGAAAUUGGCCGUGAAUUGCACACUUCCUGACCCAACAGGCCGAUGGACCAAACUUCACGAUGGUCAACACAGAACGAGUCGGGGCAGACUCCUCCUCCUCCUCCUCCUCCUUGCACAUCGGACCCCCGGUCACCCUUUUAUUGGAUUAGUUUUUCAAACAUUCUACCGGAGCAAAACAGUUUGGAACGCUUGCUUAGCUCCACGCCAACUGCGUCAAUCGGUUAUAACCGGUACGGUGUGGAGCAGUUCCAGGAGCCCCGAUAGUUUUGAAACUUCUUCGCCAGCGGAGGGAUUUCUGCUGGCUCGUUAAGGCCAUGUUGUCCCUUUAAUGCCGAAACUAGAAGGCUAUUAAGUGUGAGAAUCGAAGUGACGUCGUACCUCGGAUCGUGGUGACGGAAUUAUAUUCCGGGAAAAAAAGGGAACCAGGAAAAGCCACUCCUCGGCUCGAGAAUGCUGUUAGCUGCAAUGCUGGGAAAAUAGCGCUAUUUAUCGCCUCUACCCUGCAGGUUCCGAGAACACCAUCAAUUCGCGGAGAAAAUAAUCUUCAGUCAUCCAUUAAAGCGUCUCGGUUGUGCUUCAGCGCCACUGCUGGCUGCUGCCCUCUUGCUCCUCUGCUUCCCCUGACCCCUCCCUGCCGACCAGCAAACGUCCUAGAUGUCAAUAUCGUUCACUUUGAAAGUGAAUCCAGGAACAGGCAAUCGCGACUUGAUGGCGAUACAAUGGAGAUUCCUUCCGGGAAUUUCUUCCAUUCAUUGUCAUGUUCGGUCCAACGAAACUGUGGCACUGGCCAGGCCAGUUUAAUGCAAGCAAAGUGUUAUAGCCCAGCUAGCUAAAGAGAGUAAUUAUCGCGAGCGCGCGCGUGCGGCUCACGCGUCACGGCACGUUUUUCCUGAGGCUCUUCUUUGGGCGAUAUAGGUGUUAAGCGUAAGGGUGGACAGGGCUAGCCCCAGGAUAUUAAUUACUUCAUCUGGAAGCGAGCGUGCUGGUGCAACCGUGCACCGUCCUGCGUCGACUAGAGCGUGAUAAUCUGCAGUUUGUAAUGAAGAACCCACGCCACGCCACGAGAGCGACGAGCGACAGCCGCCUGCAGGUGAUAACGAGUAAAAGACAGAGAAAUAAUGCUUCGCACAAUGAACGAACGGAGAUGGAGCAGGGGCGUUCCGGUGUAACGAGAUGAGCGAUGUUU